AUGACGAAACCGCCACCAACGGAGGAUGAAGAUGGUGUCAAUACCACGCCGGAGGACGAGACCAAUAGCACACCAGAGGAUGUCGACGAUGAAGGCGACAGAUUUAAGGAGGAAGUCGAAGCUGAUGAUGCCUGGGAGGCGGAGCCAGACAAGACACUAGAGGGGGAGGAAGCUUGUGAAAGUUCAGAAGAAGUCCCCGAAGGAUUGGGCCAGAUCUGUGUUGCAUCGUAUCCUCCACCCUGGGAGGAUGAAGAUGUGAUAGCAGACAGCGUUGGCGUCUCAGUCGCAGGCGUUGUCGUCUCGUAG